AUGCCACCCACCGGUCAGGACAUUGAUGGCAACGCAAUCCCGGCCGCGACGCGGAUUGAGCCGAUUUUUAUGGAUCCAUUUCGCUCAGCAGAAGAGACACCUGUCGAGAACCUGCAAAAUCAGUUGAAUUUUCUGGGGGCUUCAGCAGCCGAGCAAUCGGCUUUCCUUCGUGCGUCUGGAGUUGCUGACACUGUGUUGCGAUGUGGCAAAAACAUCAUGAACUCCGUUCAACGUCUUUCCCAGACUUCUAGAGCACAUCUGGCUCCGGUCGAUGCGGUUAGUGCAAGAUAUGCCGCCCUUUGGUCGUCACUGUUAUUUUCAACCUCUCUCCGGCCGGCGGAACUUAGGCACUAUUUACCUUGGUUCUUGGAACUCUUCGCUACGGACUUUCCUUCGGAUGUUCAUUUGAUUGAGCAGUAUCUUGUACCGCUUUUUCAAGGCACGCCCCAGCAAGAGGACGUACUUGAGAGCCUUCGUGUCGUGCGAGCUGUGGAUGAGAUACCCAAGCAGGUCAAACGGCGGACACCUGAGUGCAAAGCGGUAAGGUAUAGGAUCGGCCAGGUCUUCCGCCAUCGACGGUACAGUUACUUAGCUGUCAUAACUGGUUGGGAUACUGAGUGCGAUGCGAGCGAACAGUGGAUGAGAAGGAUGGGAAUCGAUCAUUUGGAAGCCGGCAGGCACCAAAGUUUCUACCACGCAUUAGCUGAGGACAAGUCGGUUCGCUACGUUGCGGAAGAGAAUGUCGAAAUUAUCACUCCCGACCUAUUUGAGCUACCGCGAAUGCUUGUGGAAACAGCAGGAAAGCAAUUCAAGCGGUGGGAUGGCUGUUCUCGUACAUUUGUCAGCAAUAUUCGAGAUGAGUAUCCUGAUGACUGA